AUGACUUCGCUAUCUCGAAGUGAUUCUAAUAAAAAGUAUUCAUGGUGGUGGGACAGUCACAUAAGCCCCAAGAACUCGAAAUGGCUCCAAGAAAAUCUCACAGAUAUGGAUGUCAAAGUGAAGCAAAUGAUAAAGCUUAUCGAAGAAGAUGCAGAUUCCUUUGCCAGAAGGGCAGAAAUGUAUUACAAGAAGCGUCCAGAGCUUAUGAAGUUGGUUGAAGAGUUUUACCGGGCGUAUCGAGCAUUGGCUGAGAGAUAUGAUCAUGCAACUGGAGUGAUACGUCAAGCCCAUCGUACGAUGGCUGAAGCUUUUCCUAAUCAAGUCCCACCAGUAUCAACUGACGAUUUACAUGCCAUUUCUUCCGUGGAGAUUGGGCAGCCGCAUACGCCAGAUACUACCGGCCAUUCACAUGCAUUUUCUGAUUCAGAUGAAUUGCAAAAGGGUGAUUCUACUCAUGAAACAGAUAUUGCAUUAAGCAGAAAGGGUUUGAAACAGCUUAAUGAUCUCUUCAUGACAGGAGAAUCGGAGACUAAUGGAGUAAACAAUGGAAGCCAUGAGAAUGAUCUCUUGUCGGAUUCCGACCGGAUGUCCAGAACCGAGACAGAAGUUUUGGCAUUAAAGAUCAGCCUUGCUAAACUAGAAAGUGAAAAGGAAGAUGGCUUGAUUCAGUAUCAGCGGAGUCUGGAGAGAUUAUCUAAUCUGGAAUCAGAAAUGUCUCGUGCUAGAGAGAAUUCUCAAGGACUUGAUGACCGAGCAAGCCAAGCUGAAGCCGAAGUUCAAACCUUGAAAGAAACCCUUGAUGAAUUGCAGUCGGAAAGAGAAAAUAGUCUUUUUCAGUACCAGCAGUGCUUAGACAAAAUAUCUAAUCUAGAGAAAAAUAUUUCUUCGGCUCAAAAGGAUAUAGGAGAAUUUAACGAACGGGCUACUAGAGCUGAAACUGAAGCCGAAUCCUUAAAGGUAGACCUUGCUAGAUUAGUUGCUCAAAAGGAAGCUGCUCUUUUUCAGUAUAACCAGACCUUGGAGACAUUGUCAAAACUAGAGGAGAAAUUAGUACAAGCCGAUGAGAAUGCAAGGAGAACUAAUGAGCAAGCUAGUAUCGCUAAAAAUGAAAUUGAGGAGAUGAGAUUAGAAAUUGGUAAACUUAUCAAAGAGAAAGAGGAUGCGGCUCUUCGUUAUCAGGAAUGCUUGGAGAUAAUUUCUAGUUUGGAGCAUAAACUCUCUUGUGUCCAAGAGGAGUCUUUGGCACAGAAGACGGUGUCUCAAAGUGAAGAACUUAGUGAGAAGCAGAAGGAAUUGGGUAGACUUUGGAGUUGCGUACAAGACGAGAGGAUGCGAUUCAUUGAGGCUGAAACUGCUUUCCAAACUCUUCAGAAUGUGCAUUCACAAUCUCAGGAAGAACUUAAAUCUCUUGCAGCUGAGCUUCAUAACAAGGUUGGAAUUCUUGAGAGAAUGGAAUCACAUAAGAAGGCUUUAGAGGAUGAAGUACACAAGGCCAAGGAGGAAAACAAAGUUCUAAAUGAUCUCAAACUGUCUUCAUCAUUGUCUAUGAAUAAUUUGCAGGAUGAGAUAUUAAAUCUCAGGGAAAUAAUAAAGAAACUAGAACUUGAGGUUGGAUUGCAAGUAGAUGAAAGAAAUGCUCUUCAGCAGGAGAUUUACUGUCUUAAAGAGGAGCUUAAUGAUGUGAACAAAAGAUACGAGUCCACGGAGGAGGAGGUCAGAUCAACCGGCUUAGACCCACAAUGCUUUUCCCUAUCUGUGAAGCUAUUGCAAGAUGAAAACUCAAAGCUGACGCAAACAUGCGAGGCUGGCAAAGAUGAAAACGCAGCACUCAACAAAAAACUGGAGAUCAUGAAGAUGCUUCUGGAGAAAAAUGCUAAUUUGGAGAAUUCCCUUUUGGUUUUGAAUUCUGAGCUGGAGAGUGUCAGAGGAAUGGUAAAGGUAUUAGAAGAAAAUUAUGAAUCCUUGCGUGCGGAGAAAUCCACUCUUGCUGCUGAGAAGGCAACCCUGUCUUAUCAGUUGCAAACCACAGCUGAAAAGCUGGAGAAGCUUUCAAAAAAAUAUCACAUUUUAGAAAAUUCACUAUUUGAUGUGAAUGCGGAGCUUGAAGGAUUAAGGUUAAAGUCAACGAUUUUGGAAGAGACUUGCCUCUCACUUGACCAUGAGAAGUUUAGUCUCGCUUCUGAGAAAGAAACCGUAGAUUCGCAGUUGAACAUGACUCGUCAAACACUUAAAAUUCUUGAGAAACAACAUAGUGAGUUGGAACUGCAACAUUUGGAGUUAAAAGCAGAAAGGGAGUCUGCACUUCAAAAGGUGGAAGAUCUACUGAUUUCAUUAUAUGCUGAGAGGGAAGAACAUUCUAGAAUUGUGCAAUUUAAUGAAGGUCACUUGGUUGAGAAGGAAUUUCAAAUUCAUAUUCUACAAGAAGAUGCAAAUUACCAGAAAAAGGAAUCUGAAGAGGAACUGGACAGAGAUCUACGCACUCAGAUAGAAAUUCUCAUCUUGCAUGAAUGUAUUCGGGAAUCGGAGCAAAAUAAUUUCUCCCUUCUACUUGAGCAUCAGAGAUUCUUGGAGGCAUCCAACAUGUCUGAAAGAUUGAUAUCUAAAUUAGAGAAUGACAAUGUUCAAAAGCAAGUCGAUGCAAAUUUGUUGUCUGAGAAAAUUAACGUGCUAAGAAUUGCGCUGCUUCAUGUGUUAAAAACUCUUGACAAUAACUGUGAGCAUUUGCCUGAAGAUAAUGUUAAAGAAGACCAGAAGCUUCUGAACGAUAUACAUGACAAACUUCAGGAGAAAGAAAAUUCUUUUAUCGAAGUUUUUCAUGAAAAUCAGCAAAUGGCCAUUGAGAAUUCAGUUCUUGUUACAUUCCUUGGCCAGUUGAAAUUAAAGGCUAAAAAUAUUGCAACAGAAAGAGAAGCUCUUGAUGGGGAGUUGAGGAUCCAGUCUAAGCAAUACUUGGCAUUGCAAGAAGAUGUCGAAAAGAUGCUAGAGAUGAAUCAGGCAUUGGAAUUAACAAUAAGCAGAGGAGAAGAGAAAAUGGAAGUAAUGACAACUGAAAAUUUGAUGGCACUUAAGGAACUAAGCGAAGAACUGGAUAAACUUGUUUCAGUAAAUACCAACCUUGAGGAGAGAUUGAAAGUAAUGACGGGAAAAUUAGAAGAUGAGCAAAUGGAAAACUCAUAUCUUAAGGAGUCUUUUGUAGUGUCGAACAUUGAACUAAAAUUAGUUGAAUCUGUCAAUGAUAAGUUAAAUUGUCAGAUUAGGAAUGAUAAGGAAUUAUUGUCUCAAAAGGAAAAUGAUAUUUUGGAAGCAGCAGAGAUGUUUAGUGCUUUACAGGAAGAAAAAAAAGCAUUGCAAAUAUUGAUGGUAGAUCUGAAGAGUAAGUACGAAGAGGCGAUUACAAUACUUGAAGAGCAAGGCAGUCAAAUUUUAAAAUUAUCCUCAGACAAGGAUCAUCAAAUUGAAGUGAAUAAGAAGUUGGAGGCAGAAAUGAGGCACCUGCAACAAGAACUUGGAGAAACUAAACUGAUGGAAAAAAAGCUAAGUUAUGCACUACUCAAGGGAGCGGAUGAGAUUGAACAAUGGGAAUCUCAGGCUGCCAUAUUCUAUACUGGAAUGCAGAUUUCUACUGUCAAUGAGACAUUCUUUGAAGGGAAGGUCCGGGAGCUAGCUGAUGCGUGCGAGAAUCUUGAAUCCAGAUGCAGCUCCAACGUUAUGGAAAGUGAAAAGCUGAAAGAAAGAGUCGACAAGUUGGAAGACGAAAACAAGAAAUUACGGGUCCAGAUGGCUGCUUAUGUCCCAGCUGUCGGUGGUUUAAAUGAUUGUAUAACAUCCUUGGAGAUGCAGACACUUGGUCAAGCAAAACCUAAUAACUCCAAAGACUCUAAGGUUAAGAAGUAUGUGAAUAUCAAAUACGCAGAUGGCGAUCCACGAACAAGUGUAGAUCAAAAUGCUACGGAAACAGAUGCACUUCCAGACUUCCAAGACAUGCAGAAAAGGGUUAACGCAAUUGAAAUGGUUAUUAGACAGAUGAAUGAAAGUUUCAAACCUAGGGAUGAAAUGAGAGAGAUUCAAGUUUUAAAAUCUGGAAUCAGCUGGCGCCAAGGAAAUGCUCAAGCAAACAAGCAUUCUACUCAAAUGGAUGAAGCCAAGGAGCAUCAAUAUGGAGCUGUUUAUGGACAUAAGACGAGAAAAUCAUUGCAAGAUAUUCCUGUAACAGAAAUCGAAGUUCUUCCGAAAGACAUCAUGCUUGAUCAUACGUCUGAAUGUUCAUCGUAUCGGAUUAGUAGGAGAGGAGCUCAUAAGUCUGAUGAGCAGAUGCUUGAAUUGUGGGAAACUGCUGAUCAAGAUGGCAUUACUGGCGUGACAGUUGGCAAGGCACAGAAGGUCACUGCACCUAUUGGAUACCAACAAAGGAGACUAUCCAAGGAAUCCAAAAAAAAGUAUCCUUCGGUAGAGUCCUUGAUUGAAAAGGAAUUGAGUGUAGACAAAUUAGAGAUCUCAAGAUCACAGUCGCGGCCGCUGCUGCUUGAAGGCAAUAAGAGAAAGGUUUUAGAAAGACUUGAUUCAGAUGCUCAAAAGCUGAUGAACCUCGAAAUCACCGUACAGGAUUUGAUAAACAAGAUGAACAUUAUUGAGAAAACGAGCACAGUGGGAAAAGGUGUUGAGUAUGAUGAUGUGAAAGGACAGCUUGAAGCUGCUCAAGAGGCCAUCACAAAGCUGUUUGAUACCAACCGCAGGUUGAUGAAGAAUGUAGAAGAAGGAACUUCAUCCUUUUCUGGGAAGUCUACAACAGUGUCGGAUGAGAGUGGAAGUGUCGGCAGCAGAAGAGUUUCAGAACAGGCUCGAAGAGGAUCUGAAAAAAUAGGACGGCUACAAUUGGAGGUGCAAAGGCUUCAAUUUUUACUUCUAAAAUUGAAUGAUUACAAAGAAGGCAAAGGAAAAGCAAUGAUUGAUGAUCAAAAUCCAAGAGUCCUUUUGCGAGAUUAUCUCUAUGGCGGGACAAAGAAAAGCUACUAUAAGAGGAAGAAGAAAGCCUCCUUUUGCGCAUGCAUACAACCUCCAACCAGCGGAGAUUGA